CCGGGCGACCUACAUUCUCGCGCAGCUGCCUUCAACCCCCGACGGCACCCCACCCUGCCGUCGCCGAGGAGGAGGAGGAGGAGGAUGAUGCUGCGUCGGGGCUCGGCGGCGAAGAGGUUAAGGCGGCCGCCUCCCUGUGCCCGCGCCCCUCCUUCCUCCUCCUCUUCCCGCUCCACCACCAUGUAGGCAAGCGGGCCCCCUUCCCCUUUUCGCAUGGAGCAGCUUCCUUGACGUCAGACCUAUGAAUAUUGCACGAAGAAGCCGGCUGGCGAGAGCGACGGCUGGCGGCAGCGCUCGAUGUAGGCAAGGCGGGCCCUUCGCCGGAGGGGAGUGCGCCGGGCACGAGGAGGCGCUGAUCGCCGCCGCCGCUUUGGAGAAGGAGGCCGCCCGGCGCCUGCUGGCCGACAGGGGAGCCGGAGGAGUAGCGGCAGGCCGGCCGGCCAGCGCCGGUGGUGGCUUUGCCGGUGGCGGUGGCGCCGACGGCCAAGCGGGCUUCUUGCUGCUGCUGCCGCCCCGAGAGGAGGAGGUUGUGGGCUGCGCGCUGCUCCCGCACCGGGAGGUGGCCCCGGGGGGAUGUGACAUCAGCGCCGCCGCCGCCAGGCAGUGGGGCAGGAGAGGGGGACGGCUGCCCGGCAGCGCCGCCGCCGCCGCGGUCGCGCACUCGCUGCCGCCCGCUCCGGCUGCGCGUCUCCUGCCCGCGCCGUCCAGCAUGUCUUCGAAAGAGAGGCAGAAAAGCAAAGUGGUCAAGGAGAGCGUCACGCUGUUGCCUUGUUUUUAUUUCGUCGAGUUGCCCAUACUGGCCUCCUCUGUGGUUAGCCUCUACUUCCUUGAGCUGACGGAUGUCUUCAAGCCGGUUCACUCUGGAUUCAGUUGCUAUGACAGGAGUCUUAGUAUGCCAUACAUCGAACCUUCACAAGAGGCUGUUCCUUUCCUGAUGUUGCUCAGCUUGGCUUUUGCGGCACCUGCCAUUACGAUCAUGGUGGGCGAAGGAAUUCUCUACUGCUGCCUUUCAAAACGUCGGAAUGGCAUAGGAGCCGAGGCCAAUAUCAAUGCGGGAGGCUGCAACUUCAACUCUUUCCUUAGGAGAGCCGUCCGAUUUGUUGGUGUCCAUAUCUUUGGCCUUUGUGCCACAGCUCUCAUCACUGACAUCAUACAGCUGUCAACUGGGUAUCAAACGCCAUAUUUCCUGACUGUAUGCAAACCUAACUAUACAUCACUCAACGUAUCCUGCUCAGAAAAUUCUUACAUCGUGGAGGAUAUUUGCUCAGGAACCGAUCCCAUCAUCAUCAACGAUGGAAGAAAGUCAUUCCCUUCGCAACACGCCACCCUGGCAGCAUUUGCAGCUGUGUACGUUUCGAUGUACUUCAAUUCCACGUUAACCGACUCCUCUAAACUUCUGAAACCGCUUCUAGUAUUCGCAUUUAUCAUCUGUGGGAUUAUAUGUGGACUGACUCGCAUCACCCAGUACAAAAACCACCCAGUUGAUGUUUACUGUGGCUUUUUAAUUGGAGGUGGAAUUGCCCUGUAUUUGGGCCUGUAUGCUGUGGGGAACUUCCUGCCGAGCGAAGACAAUGUGUUCAACCAGAACCCGCACAGAGAACCGUUAAGGUCUUUGACUGACCUGAGCCAAGAUCCCAGUCGAAUUUUACCAGGGAAAAACGGAAGCGGCAACGACGUCAUCCCCCCUCACCAUGCCGAAAGUAUGUUAAACAGGAACCACAGGGACACUGGCUCCCUGACCAACCUCAAAAGGGCAAAUGCCGACGUAGAAAUUAUAACGCCGCGAAGUCCAAUGGGGAAGGAGAACAUGGUGACUUUCAGCAACACACUGCCGAGAGCCAACACGCCUGCGAUGGAAGAGUCAGCUCGUCGGAACGCAACCAUCCAUGCAUCUAUGGAUUCUGCCCGCUCCAAACAGCUUCUGUCCCAGUGGAAGAACAAGAAUGAAAGCCGGAAGUUGUCCCUGCAGGUGAUAGAGACGGAUUCUGGGCAGUCGCCACCUCGAGCAAUUGAAAUGAGGUCUAGCUCUGAGCCAUCCAGGGUGGGCGUUAAUGGCGAUCACCAUGGGCCUCCCAGUCAGUACCUGAAAAUUCAGCCCGGCAGCAUGCCAGGCUGCAAUAGCGUUGGCCUUUCUGGUGGGCCAAGAGUUUCUAUUCAGUCCCGGCCUGGUUCUUCACAGCUUGUCCACAUCCCCGAAGAGACGCAGGAGAAUGUGAACACAUCUCCCAAAACGAGCUCCGCCCGAGCUAAGUGGUUGAAAGCCGCCGAGAAGACUGUCGGGUGUAGAAGCAACAGCCAGCCGAGGAUCAUGCAGGUCAUCGCCAUGUCAAAGCAGCAAGGCGUCCUUCAGGGCAGCCCAAAAAGCUCCGACGGCAGCACUGUCACCUGCACAGGCUCCAUCCGAUACAAAACCUUGACGGACCACGAGCCGAGCAGCAUCGUGCGAGUCGAAGCCCACCCUGAAAACAACAGGCCCAUCAUUCAGAUGCCAUCAGAAGGCGAAGGAAGUGGCUCGUGGAAAUGGAAAGCUCCCGAGAAAGGAAGCCUUCGUCAGACGUAUGAGCUCAAUGAUCUCAACAGAGACUCGGAGAGCUGUGAAUCUUUGAAAGACAGUUAUGGAUCCGGGGACAGAAAAAGAAGUAACAUCGACAACAGCGAGCACCACCAUCACGGGAUGACGACGAUCAGGGUCACGCCAGUGGAAGGCAGCGAGAUUGGCUCAGAGACCCUGUCCGUUUCCUCCAGCCGUGAUUCUACGCUUCGAAGGAAAGGUAAUAUCAUUUUGAUUCCUGAAAGAGGAAGCAGCCCGGAGAAUACAAGGAACAUCUUCUACAAGGGAACAUCCCCCACAAGAGCUUACAAAGAAUGAGGCUUGGUGCUUCCGCCCAGCCAUGCCACUGACAAUCGACACCGUUUGGUACUAGCUUUGUGCUCUCUCUAUUUUUGAGCUGAUGCCGAAAUAUUCUUGAUGUGCCAAAAUAUCGACCAUCAGCCUGACCAUUUUUGGAUGUUGCUGAUGUGUAGUGAUUGUGCAUGAAUUUGUGGGUUUCAUGUUGCAGUGGAGGGGGAGGGGGAAGCACAAAUGCGAGAACCUAUCGAACGGGAUGUUUCCUAACAGGUUUUUCUUUUCCCCCAGACUCAAAAUGUUUUUCCAGUGGGAACAAUGUCAACAAAAACAGCAAUCUUAAAUACAGACACCUUAUUUCCUGAAUGUGCCAACUUUUUGAUUUAUAUAUGUCUAAGGACAAUGGGCAAAAGGUGUACUAUCAGUGUUGUACUUCACCUUUGCGGGUUUUGCACCAAAAUUUAAUACAAGUCGGUGCUGAUUCUAACUUUACUUUUACUUUUACUUUUUUAGUAAACUUACAUACCUGUUCAUUGCUACAGACACAUGACGUUUUGAUGUGUAAUUCCUUUCCAAGUGAUAUUGCUGAAAAUAUGAUGCUGGCUGCAUUCAUUUAGAGUAGAAAAAUAUCGACAGCUUUGUUAUAGUGGGUAUUUCACAUUAAAAGAUUGCAAAGGUUUUGUGUAGUUCUUUGAAAUGUUUACUGGAACAAAAAAAAAACAAUGUGAAUGCUACUCCAUGAAAAUGGAAACAUUUUCUCUUCUGGUUAAUUUUUCUGUUUCUUUUCAAAAUUUGUUUAGUUUCAGGUGCUACAAAGAGGUCACUUCUCAGUGAGCUAAUCUGGGACUAGUUGAAAUAGCAUGGGAUUUUUUAAAAACAAACAGGGAUCUCUUAGAGCACUGAUUAACACUUCAUUUUUAACAGUUUCUCGAUUUGUCUCAUUGCUUAUCUUUCCUAAUUUUUAUUCAUUAUUGACUAUCUAGUGCUUCACUCUGAUAAUUGCUACUAUGUUGUAAAGAUGGGGGGACUUAUAAUUCAGGCUUCCGAAUCAAUUAGCUGGAUUGGCCAUAGGUAUCGGGGCCUCCUAGAGAAGAUUUGGGCCUGUUUGUACCCUCCUCCAGAACCUGAGCCACAUUCUCUGCCUUCGGAGAUGACCUGAACUUAAUUAAGAAUGCCAAGCAAUCCUAAUGCACUUACCUUAACCUCCUUUUAGCUAGUAAAACCAUCAAGGGGUUGACCUGAAACAGCAUCAGUGAAAUUACUGGGUGUUUAAGUUGCGAGGUCCUAUCCCAGAUGGGUUUUUGCCAUCAUAAAGACUCAAAGUAAGGCGACAUUAAGCAGGUACAGUAUUUUAUCCUGUAUCCCGGCACCACUGUGGCAGUUUAGCCUUCCUCUGAGUUAUUUAAGAUCCCAUAAGGCAAACCUGAUGAGGGUAGUGUCAGGGAACGAGACAUCUGGCAAUCUCUCUGGGCAUAAUACCAUAGACAAAAGUCCCAGUCCAAUGGAUGGGCUAACCCUGUCAUUUGUGGGAAACUGCUGAUGAAACGCGUAUUUGAGCUCACUCCAAGACGUUGUUCCUUCACUUGUGUGGCUUGGCACAUAAUGCCCAUUAAGCUACUCCUAGAAUGUUCAUUUGGGUUGUCGUUAUUUUGAGAUUUGGAAUGGCCCACAACAGCCAAAUUAAUACACAAGUGCUGUAUUGUACCAUAGAUUAGAUUCAGUGGAUAUUCUCAUUAAACAUACUUUUCAGUUAGGGAUUUGAAAAGCCUUUCCUUGCUGUGAACUCAUCCUGAGGAGAUCAGAUGCUGCCGAGAUUAUUUUCUAAGGAGAAAAUUGACUGGUUUGGAAUUGGGAUGACAAUUGCAGCCUGCUUGGCUGAUGAUCAGGGAUGAUGGCAGUUGUAAACUGAAGUGUUGCCCUAAGUCAUACAGAAUGUAGCUAAUGGAGAUAUCUAGGGAUAGACAAACCACACUAUUUUUUAUCUGAGACAUUUUAUUUUUCACUCCGUCCCUUCCAUGUUUCUACAUUAGUUUGCUAUUUCUUUUAUAAAAAUCUGACACGAAAAAUCACAUUUAAAUGUGACUUUUAAAACCUAUUUCUCUCAAAAUAUGAUUUUUUAAAAGAAAAGAUACAAAAGCAUAUUUUAAAACACAUUUUUAAACAUACAGUAUUUUGAUACUUUCUGUUUUGCCAAGAACUGCGUCAGAAUAUUCAAGAAGUGCAAAAUCUGUAAUGAAACAAAAUUCCAAUCUCCAUAUUAAUCUGGAGACAUGGAUAAAAUCAAUUCAUAUCAGAAACUCGCAAAGAUCAAAUUCUGUGAAUGCCUGUUGCAGUAGUCAGCUAGAAACAUUGAAAGUCACAGGAGCAUCUACCAUUUGGAAAACCUGCAGACCUAUCCAGAAUCCAGUGACCUCAAAAUACUUGGAGUUGUACCCAACUAUGUCCUACUCAGAGUGGAUUGAUUGAAAAUAAUGGCCCUAAAUUAGUUGUGUCCAUUAUUUUCAGUGAGUCUAUUCCAAGCAAAACUAGCACUGGAUACAACCUUUGGAUGCUAAUGAUUUUCCUCCUCCUUACUUUUUUAUUUUGUUUAAAAUAUUUGUAGGCCACCUUUCUGAGUAAAACCCACUCAGUGCUAUAAAAUAGCAGACAAAAAUACAGUGGGUAUAAAGAUACAAAGUUAAUCUGAUUAUGCAAUCACAUACAUGUGUUCUUGGAAGUACAAACCUCACUGGGUUCAGUGGGACUUAUUCCCAGGUAUCUGUGUAUAGGAUUGCAGCUGUUUCCCUUGCCAAGGAGCCCAGUGGUAUUUCCCCCUCACCACAGCUGUGAAGUAAAUUAGACGGAGAUAUCAAUUUGCCCAAGAUCACCCAGUUUCACAGCUGAGCUAUGCAUUCACACCUUGCCCCCAUCGAAAGCUAGUCUCUGGGGUCCUAAAACAGAGGUCAUUCCCAGUUUUCCUACCUGAGAGCCUUUCACACUUGCCCGGACAGUGACAGAACUGAGGUUUCAUACCUGCAAAACGCGCUCACCUGCGCUAUCUUCAGAUAACGGCUCAAAAACCCCAUGUCGGUCCCAUGCAACAGUAUUUAGCAGGCAAUGACUUGUGCGGAAACAAAAGCCCCAUGUGCAGUGACUUCAGAGAGCAGGUUAGGUUUAGCAUUUCUCAUCUGGAUUAGAUUCAAAGGCACCAUUAAUCUUCAUACCAUUUUGCGCCAGUGAGUGCGCCACGCUGAGAACUGGGGUGGAUAUCCAGUUGUAUCUCCACAUCCCAUUUCAACAGACCCUGUGUCGGUUGCCAUCCAUGCAAAUUCCCAAUCCAGCUCAGGAACCAAGCAUGCCGCCCUGAUCGCUGGAUGCAGGCAUCCGGCCAGCAGAUUUUCAUAUCCAGCACUUUCUUGCACCCAAAGAUCCCAACGUUUUGUGUAGGAAAUCUGCUUACAGAUCUACCUAGCUGGGUUGGGGGUGACUGUUUUCCAUAUACAGUAUUUAUAAGCAUUUUUUAAAAACUGUAAAACUACCCAAGCAGAUCUGCUUGGUAUUGACCUUUCCCUCCCACUUUUUUUU